AUGACAAGUUCACCAAGUUCUAAUAUGCUUUUAUUACCACCAUCAGCAUUUCAAUCAACAUUAUCAUUUAAUUCAACUAGUGAAAAAGAACAUCAAACAAAAACAGUUCAUGAACAACUUGAACAAUUACAAGUUGAAAUGGGACGAUUAAGAACAAAUAAUGAAGCUCUUAAAAUAUCUGGACGAGAUUUACUUGACCGUGCACCACCAUUAGUAAAUUUACCACGUCAUUCAAAUAUUGUACAAGAAACUCUUGAAGAUCUCAUUCAACAACAAGCAACAGAAAUAGAUCGUCUACGUAAUGAACUUGAACGUGAAAAAUCUCGUUGUCUUAUGGCAAUUAAUGAAGUUGAACAAACUUUACGUUCAAAAGAAUUAACAUGGAAAGCACAAUUAAAUGAAUUCGAAAUACGUUCAGCUGAAUUACAAAAAGUUCGAAAAGAAAAACUUUAUUAUGAACAAUUAUUAUCAUCUCAAAAAUCCUUAAUAUCAACAGAUAAUAGUAAUAAUAAAUUAUCACAACAACUUGAACAACGUGAAAAAGAAAAUGCUGCAUUAAAUGAAGAAAUGCGUUUAUUAACUAUAAGAUUAACAUCAAUGAAUGAUGUAUUAACUUUACAAGAAGAAAAACUCGAACAAACAACAUCAAAUAAUCAUGAAAAACGACAAUCACUUCUUAACUGUUGGAGAACAAAAGUUUAUGAUUUACUUAUGCAACUUAAAUCAAUGGAAUUGAUUCUUAAAAAUAAUAGUAGUAAAUUUUCUAAUGAUGUCGAACAAUUACAAGGUAAAGUUAAUGAACUGCUUCAUGAAAAUAAACUUUUACAAACUCAAUAUGAUGAACGUAAAAUUCAUAUUCAAUAUCUUGAAUCAAAAUUACAUCAAUCCGAUUCAAAUUUAACAAUCAUUCUUGAUGAAAAUACAUCUCUUAAGCAACGUCUUCGUUCUUAUGAACAAACUGAACAAGUAAUUCGUGAAAUGAUUAUUAAACAUACAACAAAUCCUCAAUAUGAUAAUUUAUUUAAAACAAUAAAUAAAACACUUUCUAUCUAUGAACAACGUCUUAAUUAUAUAAAUAAACGUUUUCUUAUUUUACAAACAUUAUUUAAUCGUCAAUUAUUAUCUUUGUCAACCAAACAAAAUAUAACAAUUGCAAUACAAACAGAAGAUGAACAAUAUAUAGAUUUAACAUUACUUGAACGUGAAUUAAAAACCGUUUCAAAUGAACGUGAUUUACUUGCACAUAAACUUAAUGAUGAAUAUCAAAAAUCUAAAACAUAUGCUGAACAAUUUGAAGAUAAAUAUAAACAAGAAUUAGCUAUAAAUAAUGAAAAAUUAAUAAUGAUGCAAUUAAUAUCGGAAGAAAAUAUAAAUAAAAUUCAAUUAUAUGAAACAACAUUAAUUGAAAAAGAUAAACAAUUAAAAGAUUUAACUGAUCAAUGGUUAAAUGAACAGAAAAAACAAGCAGAUAAUACUGAUUUAUUAAAACGAGAUUUUCAAGAACGAGAAGAAACAUUAUUAAAUGAAAAAGAUAAUUUAGAAAAACAAUUAAAUGAAGCAAAACGUGAACAAGCAAAAUUAGCAGCAAAUUGCAGACAAAUGGAACGAACAACAAAUCGUGAAAAAGAACGUUGGCAACGACAAAUAGCUGAUGCACAAUUACAAUCUGAUACUGAAUUAGAUAAACUUACAAAACGUAUAAUGACACUUGAACGUGAAAGAAAUUUACUUAUGAAAACAAUUCAUCAAGAAAAAUCCUAUUCUUCACCAACAUUACCAUCGGAUGAUGGUGAUAUUCAAUGUCUUGUUUCAGAAAUUCGUCAACUAGCUAGUAGAGCUCUAGAUGAAUCAAGUGAUGAAGAACAUACGAACCAAUGA